AUGAUUGGGGAAGAGCCUAGACCGAGUGACCCCGCGCUGCAGGAAGAUUGGGACGAGCGCGCAUCGGCUGGCUACUACUUGAUGUCGCAGAGUUUGGAGCUGAACCAGCGUCACCACGUCAUGCACCUGCUGCCGGAGGUUGAUUGCGGUCCAAAGGCGUGGACCGUGCUGAAGGAGCUGCACGCUCCUACCUCCGUCGCCGCGACGCUCAUGAUGGAGAGGGAGCUGUCCGCGUUGCGAUUGAGCGAGGGAGAGCCGGUGCAACCAGUUAUGGACAAGAUGCGCGACCUCUACGCGAAAUUGGCGACCGCGGGAAUCACCUACCCGGACCUGCCGCAGAACCAGAGCUCGUGGACGCUCGAGUGGGUGCGGACGAAGAUUCUGGAGGAGGACUUCCAUCGCCGCCAACUGAGGGGUGGAGACGACGGCAGCAGCGGCUACGGGAUGCAAGGGAACCGACGUGGCAGAGGACGUGGCUUCGGUGGUGCUGGGCGCGGUGCAAAGAAGGACGACGACUCCAACGACCAACAAGGAGGUACCGGUUGGGGUCGCGGUGCGAAAUCUGGACGUGGGGGCAAGUCGGGUGCUGGUGGCAAAAUGAAAGGGAGUUGCUGGUAUUGUGAGAAGGAAGGGCACCCCUGGUUUUUGUGCUAUAAGAAACCCGAUGGAUGGACCCCCCAGAAUCGUGAACAGGAUGGCGGCGCACGGAGGAACCAGAAAAACGGCACGAACAUGGUCGCUGAUUCGUCCGACAACAACCCGAAGAGCAACGCUGGUGCGGAGAAGAAGAAGGAGCGCACCGCGGGCCAGUUCUUCCAUAUUGGAGAGCAGGGGGAGCAAGGAGACGCCUCUGCCAAGGUUGGAGCAGAGCUGCACCCCCUGGACUAUUGGGUGUUGGACACGGGCGCUGCUUGGACGAUGACGCCGCGCAAAGACCUGCUGGACGACGUACGCGCUGCACCGAUUAACGAGGUGUGCUCCGCCUCUGGACACGCGCUGAAGGUGGCUGGUGCGGGACGAGCUGCGUUUAAGGGAGCGGAUGGCAAGCCGGUGGUGCUGCACGACGUUCUCCUCGUCCCCGACCUCAAGGCCAACCUCAUCUCCCUCCGUAAGCUUGCCAAGGCUGGGGUGAGCACUAGCACGGAUGGGGCUCGCACGUACAAGGGGCAGCUGGGCAAUCGGGUGCUUUGGGAUCUGCACGAGAGCAAGGACGUGUACAGAUCCAUGUGGCAGCUGCCGGUGUUGGCGUGGCACGGUGGGGGGCAGGCUAGAGAGGGGUCUGCAUCCCAGGGGGAGUGCAACGCCGUUGGAGGGGUUGGCGUGAAAGUGUCGGCCAGAUCUGGGGAGACGGAUUGUUCAACGGCACACCGACGCUUGGGGCAUGUGGCAAUGCCCUUAUUGAAGCAGCUGGAGAAGGAUGGAGCCGUUAAGGGUUUGAAGCUGAACGGACAGCCACCCAAUGACAACUGUGAAAUCUGUUUGCUUUCAAAGUUCACCCGUUUCCCUUUCCAUAGUGUGGCUGGCAGGAGCAAGAAGCCUUUGGAGCUGGUCCACAUGGACUUGGUGGGGCCGCUGCCGGUGCAAGGGCACAAGGGGGAGCGGUAUUUCCUUACAAUUGUGGAUGAUUGGAGCAGGCUGAUGUGGGCAUAUCCGCUGAAGCAGAAGGACCACGCCGCCUCCACGAUACGGGACGAUUGGCUGCCGUUCGUGGAGAAGCAGGCGGAGUGUGUAGUGAAGCGGAUUAGGACAGACCGGGGUGGUGAGUUCCUUGGAGCUGAAAUGACGGCCUGGCUCAAGAAGCAGGGCAUCCAGAGGGAGCUGACCACGGCUUACACCCCACAGUCCAACGGUGUAGCAGAACGGGCAAACCGGACAAUUCUGGAGACAGCUAGGGCUCUGCUCAUAGAAUCUGGGCUGAGCAAUUCGAUGUGGCCUCAUGCUGUCCGGCACGCUACCGUCGCUAGGAACAGGGUGCUCACCAAGGUUGGGGAUGACUCGUGGGUGCCUUUGGAGAGGUGGCUUGGGAGGAAGCCGCCGGUGGACAUGCUGAGGGUGUUCGGUUGCAUGGCAGUCGCCCACGUCCCCAAGACCUACCGAAGUAAGUUGGGGGCGAGUGCAAUCUGGUGUGUGCAUUUGGGGCUGGCUGCUGAGAGCAAGGGAUGGCUGCUGUGGGAACCAUCCAAGGGUGUGAUGUUUGACAGCAGGGAUGUGAAAUUCAUUGAGGGCAUGAUGUACGGGAGCUGGGAGAAACAGCCGGAGGCCUGGGUGUCCCAGCAGAUGGAGCAGAUCACCAUGCAGUUGGACCUGACUCCUAGUGUGUGGGAGGAGGGAGAGGAGGCAGCUGCGGGGAAUGGUGAUGGAGAGAAGGUACAGGAGGCAUCUGCUGGUGGAGAAAAUGGUGUGGAAACUGGCGGCAGCACUAGUGGAGCUGCUGGAUCCGAGGGAGGAGAGCAGCAGCAGGGGAAAACUAAGAAGCCGAAGGGUAUCGUUAUGAGGGGAUGGGAGACACCCGUCUCCAGGCCAGGACGUACCCGUAUGGCUACUAAGAAGCUGACUGCAGGAUCAGGUGUAGCGGAGCAGCAGCUUGGGACCGAGGAGGCAAUGCUGAUUCUACCUCAUGGCUAUGACCCGGAUGAGGAGGACGAGCCUGCGUACUGUUUUCUUGCCCCUGCACCAGAGGAACCAGCUAGCAUGGAGGAGGCACUAGCUGGACCAGAUAGGGAGAAGUGGCUGGCUUCUAGGGAUGCUGAGUACCAGAGCCUGCUAGAGAAUGGGACAUGGGAUCUGGUGGUGCUGCCUGAUGGGAAGAAAGCGAUACAAUGCAAGUGGGUGCUGAGGAUCAAGACCGAUGACAAGGGGCAGGUCACCAUCUACAAGAGUAGGCUGGUGGCGAAGGGGUUUAUGCAGAAGGAGAAGCAGGACUUCAACGAGAUCUUUGCUCCCACUGCCAAACCCCCUACCCUCCGUGUCUUGUUUAUGAGGAUGGUACGGGCAGGGUGUGCAAGCUCAACAAGUCCAUCUACGGCUUGA